GUGACCUCUUGGUCCGGGGCCCCCAGGCCUCGUCCGAGAUGACAGUGCUUUUGGCGGAGGCCGAACGCAUCAAUGCCAGCGUGGUGCUGGGAGACCGGGAUGUGGACCUGACCCUGAAGCGGGCACAGAGGUCCGUGACGCUCACCUCAGCUGUCAGCCAAGUGGCGUACGUCGCGGGGCUGGUGGUGAUGGCACCUGCGUGGGGGGAGAUCCUGCGUGCCUCCUUUCAGAAGAGCUUGGACCAGGAUCGAGAGCUUCGAAGCAUCCGCCAA